UCCUCGUUCCAGGUCUUCCGGCGGCUAGGCACCCGCUUAGCCAACCACAGAGCCUCAUUAUCAUCAGAACUUGGCUCUUUGUGGGACUUCAUUAGAAUAGAUCGGGACAGACGGCGGUCUGCUCCAUCAGCAUCUACCUACGAAGCGAUACACACCGACACGAGAUCCCCUGUACGUCUUGCCAGAGAUCUUCUCCAAGUGAUCCAAGAAACUGUCUUUUCAAAGAAGUUUGAAGAGUCUCCUAAACGCUGCCCUCUUGUCAAAGAAGAAUCUGACCUCAGCUCUGAUGGAGAAGAAGGCACUGAGAGGAGAAUAGCUAAUCUAAUCGACUUCUUCUUUACUAUAGUCAAAAGUCAGAGAGGAGAAAGAAAAGGCAGUGGGGGAAGUUGCUUCAAAAGUGAGGUUACUCCUGAAGAAACUAAAGAAUUCGUUCCCAGUAAGAUAAAUACUGAAUUAGAGGCUAAAAUGGAGACUCUAAUGGACUUCUUAGCUACUACAGGGUGUAUGGAGAAGGAAGAUGAAGUUGGUGAUAAUAAAAUAACUCUUAUGGAGUUCUUAUUUGGUCCGGAAGACCCGAAGCCUAGUAUAGAAAUCGUUGACGUCGAACCAGGACUCAGCGAAGCGAAUAUCAACGUUAAAGACCUUUCUUACAUAGAUGAUACGCCUGAAGAAGAGGCGGAAACACUAGUUGAAAUGCUAAUCAAAUACAUGGAGAAUUACACGACAAAAGACAAAUUUCAUUCAAAAUCUUUAACGCCGUCGCUGUCUGAGAAAUCAAAAUCGGAUAUCACUAUAAGUAAACUUGAAACUUUUAGUGAUAUUAGUAAAACGAAAUCAGAUUCGACUCUAACUCAUACGCAAGACACUGUCAUAGAUAGAGGCGAGGAUUAUUCAACAGACAGACGGAUAUCUGAAACAGUUGUUGAUCUGAGUAAUGUAAAGAAUGAUCUAGAAAUGAUAUUCGAUGAAGCUGUGAGUAGAGUCAGCGAAAUAAUGAAGUUAGAAGAAGAGCAUGACACUAUGACUGAUCAAGAAGAUAUAGAGAACUAUGAAUCUUAUACUAAACCUCCGAUGCUACCUUACAUACAGUACCUACCAUACAGUGUAGAGUUAUCAGACAUAAUAGAAGAAGAUGAACCAUCUUCUCGUGAUCUUGAUAAAAAAGACGAUAGAAACACACAAAUAAGACAGGCUGCUGAAGAUUUACUGAACUACAUAGAAGAUAAAGUAGCUAAGCAUUUUGAAGAAGAAGAUUCAGAUGAUGAAUUCGAUAUAAGUUCCAGUUUAAAACGAUCAUCGAUUAGCUUAAUCGAUUUGCGAAAUAUUCCCGAUUUACCUCCAAGCAUGAUUAUAAAGCCUAAAGUCGUGAAAGUCGAUAAAUCAACGUCUACAACUGAAAUAUCGGAUUCUAUAUCCGAUUUGUCGAGAAGAAUCGAUUCUGCUUGCAUGACGGAGGAUACAACACUUACGUCAAGUUCAGAAAAAAGUGCAAGAGCUUUGGAUAAAUUAGAAUCAUUACAUAAAUUCUUCUCAAGGUCUCGAUUAGAAAUUAUCGACGAAAGUGAAGAACAAUUGGACAAAAUUAAAAAUACGAAACCAGUUAAAACUAUUUCUGGUAGUGACAGUAAUGGACCAGAAUAUAAAGCUGGACAAGCAAGUUUAGACGACGUGGAAGAUAUACAAGACGACGACAAAGCAAACGUCGGCUGCGGCGACGGUGUCAUUGAAAAAUCAAACGACAAAGACAAUGAAUUACCCAAAAACGGUGACGAAAUAUCAGACAGUGUCCAAGAAGGGAAAAUGACUAAAAGUCUUGACGAAAUCAAAGAGAUCAGCGAAGAUGAUGACAGUCAAGUUAUUGAUGAUGACAGAGACAUGAAACAAUGGAGUCCUUCACCAGAAGAGAUAGCUGAGAUCAAUGAACGGUACAGACUAGCAGUUAGCGCUGAAGCGAGCAAAAAUCAAACUGAGUCUGAAGAAAUUGUUACAGCUAUUGGUAAUUCCGGGGUCGGCAAUGAACGGAGUCCUUUGAAAUUCGUACUCAGUGAGGUAGAUGAGGCUUUGGAAGAAUUCGUUGUAACGCCUAAAGGGAAAGUGAGACACACGUCCGUGUGAGAAGCAAACAAAUACACGUUCGAUGAUAAAGUACAAAAAAAUUGAAUAUCAUAAUAAUUGGCACAAGAAACUAGACACGAAGAAAGCAAAUAUUAUUACAAAGAAAGUAAUCAACUAGAGAAUUAGUCAGAAUUAUAUUUAACACGAAAUGAAUUCAGAAAACAACAAACAUAAUUCUAAAAUUGUCGCUAAUGUUGACAUUUUGUAAAUGUAAGGGACAUUCGAAGCACUAAACUAUGUUAAAGAUGGAAACAUACUGCUGACACACACCACAACGCAAAUAAAAAACGACGAAUCGUCAA